AUGCCCACCAUGGAUUUCUACAACAUGCCCGGUUCGCCGAGCUCUCUUGCCGUUGAGAUGGUGGCCAAGGCUGUGGGGGUCGAGCUGAACAACAAGGUUGUCAACAUCCUGGAGGGUGAGCAACUGAAACCGGAGUAUGUGAAAAUCAACCCUCAACAGACCGUUCCCACCUUGGUGGACAAUGGAUUCGUGCUCUGGGAGCCCCGUGCUAUCGUCGUCUAUCUGGUGGAAAAGUACGGCAAGCCCGGUUCCCCACUCUAUCCCAACGAUCCCCAGAAGCGGGCUCUGAUCAACCAGCGGCUCUUCUUUGAUAUGGGUGUCCUUUUCGAAGCUCUGACCAAGUACUUCUCCCCCUAUUUUCGUACUGGUAAGCUGGGCGAUCAGCAGGAAUUGGAUGCUGUUAACAAGGCUCUCGGAUUCCUUAACACCUUCCUGGAGGGAGAAGAUUUUCUGGCCGGCAGCCAAUUUUCCGUAGCUGACAUCGUCAUUCUGGCCAGCAUAUCCCUAUUCGAACUCAUUCCAUUUGACCUUAAGAAGUUCCCGAAUGUGGAGAGGUGGUACAAGAAUGCCCCGAAGGUUGCUCCAGGCUGGGAGGAAAAUGUGCAGAGUCUGAAGCAGGCCCAGAAGUUCCUGGAGGCUAAGUUGGCAGGAAAUAAGUAA